CGACAGGACUCAGCGGUCAUGGCAGGCAGUCUGACCCACCAAGGCUCCCCGAACCCCGGCUACAGCUCCAACAGCGCCGUCCCGGUGCCGGUCAUCACACAGACGGACUCCAGGGACAAAUGGAGCAAAAAGAUGGAUUUUCUCCUGUCUGUCAUUGGAUUUGCGGUGGACCUGGGGAAUGUUUGGAGAUUUCCGUACAUAUGUUAUCAAAACGGUGGCGGUGCGUUCCUCAUUCCCUACAUUUUGAUGGCCAUCUUUGGUGGUGUGCCGCUCUUUUACAUGGAGCUGGCGCUGGGACAGUUCCACAGGACCGGAGCCAUAUCCAUAUGGAAACACAUCUGUCCCAUUUUCAAAGGUAUAGGAUAUGCCAUAUGUAUCAUCGCUUUGUACGUGUCCUUCUACUACAACACCAUCAUCGCCUGGGCCCUCUUCUACUUCUACUCCUCUUUCUCCAGCAUCUUGCCGUGGACAAACUGCAACAAUGUGUGGAAUACCCCCAACUGCACCAACUAUUUUGGCAUAGACAACGUCACCUGGACGAAUUCCUCCAGGUCUCCAGCAGAGGAAUUUUACACGAGGAAUGUUCUUGAGCUCCACAAGUCGUCAGGGCUGAGGGACGUCGGCGGCGUCCGCUGGCAGCUGCUGCUCUGCCUUUUCCUCAUUUUCACCAUAGUGUACUUUAGCCUCUGGAAGGGCGUCAAGACCUCAGGGAAGGUAGUGUGGGUGACCGCCACCUUGCCCUACAUCGUGCUUUUCAUCCUGCUAAUUCGAGGCGCCACCCUGCCAGGAGCCUGGAGAGGGGUCGUGUUUUACCUGAAACCGCAGUGGGAUAAGCUGCUGGAGACCAGCGUUUGGGUGGAUGCUGCCGCUCAGAUAUUCUUCUCUCUCGGGCCGGGGUUUGGAGUCCUCCUCGCUCUCUCCAGCUACAACCCUUUCACAAAUAACUGCUAUCGGGACGCCAUUGUGACCAGUUUGGUGAACUGUCUGACCAGCUUCGUGUCUGGGUUCGUAAUCUUCACCGUGCUGGGCUACAUGGCAGAGAUGAGGAAGGUAGACGUUGAGGUUGUAGCCAAGGACAAAGGACCAAGUUUACUCUUCAUCACUUACCCAGAAGCCAUUGCAAACAUGAUGGGCUCCACCUUUUUUGCAAUCAUCUUUUUUGUGAUGAUGAUCAUGCUGGGACUGGACAGCACGUUUGGAGGGCUGGAGGCGAUCAUCACUGCUGUGUUGGAUGAAUACCCCGAAUAUUUCUCCCACAGACGGGAACUUUUUGUUCUGGGCCUGGUAGUUGUCUGUUUCUUGGGCUCCUUGAGCACCCUUACAAAUGGUGGGGCCUAUGUGGUGAAGCUGCUGGAGGAAUUUGGAGUGGGAUGCUCCAUUAUUGCAGUGGGCUUCCUCGAGGCCAUUGCAGUUUCCUGGUUUUACGGCAUCCAAAGAUUCAGCAGUGAUGUUCAGGCCAUGCUGGGAAAAGCCCCAGGAUUAUUCUGGAAAGUGUGCUGGGUGGCCAUCAGUCCGGCAUUUCUGGCGUAUAUCAUAGUGAGCUCCCUGCUGAAAACGCCGCCCCUCACGCUGUUCGACUAUAAGUACCCAGACUGGAGCAUCACAGUCGGGUACGUCAUCGGCUUCUCAUCCUUCAUGUGGAUCCCCAUCUACAUGGUCUACAAGCUGGUGUGGACCCCUGGUUCUCUGAAGCAGAGGCUGGCGGUGUGCCUGAGACCAGAAAGGACCAUACCGGACAUCCACGGCGACAGCCUGAACAUGGCUGCUGUACCAUAGAGAGAAGAUCACCUCCGUGUGCUUGUAGACUCCCGCUCAAACCGCAGUCUUGAGUUAUUUGUGGCCGAACCUGAACAUGAUCUGACACCAUGACUGUUUUGCCUGUUUAUAACGUUGAACAACUUUCACUGCAUACUGUAUGUACACUCUGUUAAAAAAAAAAAAAAAAAAAAAAGUUGAAUGCUGCUAAAUUUGUAACUCUGAGAGGAACUGAGAUAGCAAUACUCGUAUCUUUCACUGCCUGUGCGAUUCAGAUGCAUCACAGGGACAGUCAAUAGCUUUCACAUGUUGUCAUUUUUCAAGUGUUGCUUUCUUGUGGUGGUAGGAGUCGGUAGUCGAUGUGGUCGGUCUGUAUUUACCUUACGAGAACAUGAUGCCAAGGAAAAUUAUAUUAAAAAAAAAAAUGUAUUUCUAAAUGUAACAGUCAGCAUAUCAUUUGUAUUGCAUGGGAAGCAUUUCCAUUUAAGUUCUAUAUUUCUGUGCCACGUGACAGUUUGAUGAAGUGAUGAGGUUGAGCACUAAACUGAUCAGUGGGGCAGCGCGUUGCAUGUAUUUUCAGAUUAACUGGGACCAAACCUAAAUCAGUUUGAUGACACUCUUGAAUACAUACGGCAUUUUAACCAAUGCCGUAUUUUUUUUUUUAUUAUCAAAACAGUAGAUUUGUAAUACAGUGCUUAAAUGAAAUUUAAUGGCAGCUGCUUUAUGUAUCUGCUAAAAUGUUCUGUUUUCCCCACAAGUGUUUGUAAUGGAUAUAAGUGAGGCGCACAGACAAAGACCAUGUUAUCAUUAUAUACUUCUAAUUAUGAUUAUAGAGAGUAUUAUUUUUUACAAAUAAAUAUACACAAAAUGUAGUGUUAUUUUAUUUUCUUUAGCGUCGCUGUAGUUUUUCAAAUUCAAAAGGACACAUUUGGUCUUCAUCUGAUGGCUUUUCUUAACUCCACACGGCCUGUUUUGCCUUAAUAUUGACAUAUAUAUAUUACACUGUAUGUACAAAUAUUGUAAAGGUUAUAUUGAUAUUUAUGGAUAUUGUGCCUCUCCAGACAAUGUUUUCUCGCUCUAAUUGAAGACUGUUCAAAUGUUUUUGUAGAUAUACAGUGUAAUAUGUUUUAGUCAGAGUUGUUCACUUAUCUAAAAUGCUUUAUUUACCUUUAUGGAGAGUAAUGUGAUGAGCAAGGUGGUGAUAGUUGUGUGAUUUCUGUCUUCUUCAACAUGGUUUCU